UAUUUUUUUUUUUUUCAGAAAAUUUGGAAACAUUUUUAUUUGGGUUUAUGUGUCUUUUCGUGGCGCGAGUUUCCUGAGAGAAGUUGUAAAUUUGAUCAAAAUUGUGAAAGAAGAAAGAAAGAAAUUCAAUCAGGAAAAUGUCUGAGAAUUCACCGCCUCCAUCACAAACGCUCAGCGACAGAGAUCGUAUCAGUCUUUCUCAUACUUUCAAGUACUUGUUAGCUACUCAGUUCCUGUCGAGAGGAAUUCCAUUUGUGUUCAAUUCAUGGAUCGUGAGGCACCUAACACAAGAGGAUUAUGCGCUUUAUGCAGUGCAGUUUCAUCUAUUUGUCACAUGUGUCUUGUUUCUCAGUCGGGAGGGAUUUCGGCGGGCAUGCUUGCGUGCAGACAUGAAAUGGGAUGGCACUUCAAUGGAAGAAAGCAUGGCAAAGUUAAUGAAAAUAGCCUGGUUGACCGUCCCACUUGGAGUGCUUAUAACACUUGCAGCAUGCUAUUUCGUCUUCUGGUGGCAAGGUUUAAGUUAUUUUGAUCCAUAUGGGCAAGCUAUCUUGAUUAAUGGCUGUGCUUGCAUUUUGGAGCUACUGGCAGAGCCUUUAUAUAUCCUCUCUCAGAACCUGCUUCUGCUUAAACUGCGGCUGGUUGUAGAAACAGUAGCAACUCUACUGCGGUGCAUAACAAUGUAUGUUUUCAUUGUGAAGCGAACUGAUAUGGAGAAAGUGAUUGUAUUUGCACUGUCCCAAACUGCAUAUGGAAUGUGCUUAUUCUUUGGGUAUUGGGGUUACUUUCUCCUUUUUCGUGAAUUUAGAAGUUCUGAACUUUUCCCUUUCAGAGUAGAAAAGAAGAAGGGAUUUGACAAGCAGCUGUCAAACAUGUGUAUGUUGUUUACUCUUCAAUCCUUCAGGAAGUUGAUCCUUCAAGAAGGAGAAAAGAUGGUCCUUGUGUGGUUGGACACACCUUACAACCAAGCUGUAUAUGGACUUGUAGACAAAUUAGGGAGCUUAGUGGUGAGGAUGGUUUUUCUUCCUUUUGAAGAAAGUUCCUAUGCCACAUUUGCAAGGUCUGCAUCAGAUAAUCAUCCUGAUAAAAAGAGGAAGUUAGGAAGUUUCCUUACGGAGGCCCUGAAGCUGGUUUUGUUAAUAGGUCUUGUAUUUAUGGCAUUUGGGCCAAGUUACUCUUAUUCACUCAUCAGAUUGUUAUAUGGCCAAAAAUGGAGUGAUGGAGAAGCAUCCACAGCCCUUCAGUAUUACUGCAUUUAUAUCAUUGUUCUGGCCAUGAAUGGGACCUCUGAAGCGUUUCUACAUGCAGUUGCAACAGAGAGUCAACUCAAACGAUCCAAUGAUUCAUUGCUUGUAUUCUCAGUUUUAUAUGUAGUAUUGAAUGUUGUGCUUAUACGAUCGGCUGGUGCUAUUGGCUUAAUUGCUGCAAAUUCAUUAAAUAUGAUUUUAAGGAUUAUGUACUCAGGAGUAUUCAUCAAAUCUUAUUUUCAGGAUUCUUCCACAUUUUCUUUCUACAAAUGUUUGCCUUCAGGAUGGAUAGCCCUGCUGUUUUCAGGAGUAACUACUCUCAUAUCUGAGAGAAUAUUUCUGGACAGAGAAAAUUUCUGGCCUACAUUUUUCAUUCAUUUUUCCAUUGGGUUUGCUUGCUUUUGUGCCUCGUCAAUUGCCAUUUAUCGUCGUGAGAGACCCUUUAUCAGAAAAAUCAUCCGCUUUCGUGAUCAUUCAGACUAAUGAACUUUGUCCCCAACUAUUGGUGAAGACAGGAUGGCGUUUCUUGACCAUAAAUUUUGAUGGUAUGCAUCUCAUUUUUGCAUUUGAAUUUAUAGUAUGCACAAAUAUUUUCCAACGCAAAGACAAACAAGAGGGGGUCUUACAAAUAUCUUGCUGAGAUAGCUGACUGUAACAUUUUUCCAACUCCUGUAAAAGGAAACAAAGAUUUUAAUACCAAUUCAUCAAUUUGAUUUUCUUUCCAUUAAGCAGAAAAGAAAAAGAGAAAGUCAGGGCCUUGUAUUAAUUUAAGGAACAAAAGGACACCACACCACCAAGGAUUAUAGAUGUCAUAAUGGCAUUUACUGAAAUGGCCACGUUAUUGGAACGUCAUGAAUUAGUUUUUACUGACAGAAACAUCAGUUAAUUAUGUUGUAGGCUGAGAACAAAAUUUUGAUUUUAUUUUAUUACCAUGGGUAAACUAUUACGAUCU